GAGGAAGCUUCCCGGAAAGAAAACAAUCAAAACGUGUUCAAUCAAAUUCCAAAACGAUUCUCAUUUAACUCUGAUUUUGUUCUCCCCUUCAGCAACAUUUGUAAACCCUAGUUCCCAAUUCUUUUGACCCUUACAUCGUUCAUACAGCUUCCUAAUUUGCAGGUCAGUUCAAUCGAUAAACUUUUCUGUUUCGUUUUUUCUGGACUGGGGUUUCUUAGCUGCUCCCGAGUUGAAGAAUUUGAUUUCUGAGCGAAUUGAAACCCUGGACUUGUUUUUUUUCUUGUAAGAGUGUCUUUAGCUGAAGUAUAGCCAUAGAUAUGGGAUUUUAGGUGAAAGUUUAGGGGAAAAGAUGAGGAAAUUGAAUUCAUUUUUCGGUAAAAGAAAUCCUCGGCUUAGAGGGACUUUUAAUGGGUUGUGUACCCUGAUUUUUGUAAUCUUGUUUUACUAUCACGGGAAUUUUGGGAUGAGUCCAAUUUUAGGGCAACCAUCCUCUGUACCAUUCCCUAAAUUGAGGUCGAGAGGAGGAUUUUCUGGGGUUCGGAGGGAAAUGGUUGAAUUAACAGUGGAUUCUCAUAUUAAUGUAAAUGGGUCUGAUCCUAAUUAUGUGGAUGUUAAAGAUCCGCAACUGUGUUCGGGAUUGCUUAAUCACAAGGGAUACAAUAGUAGUUGUGAGUUCUUGAAAGCACACCCGCAAUGCACAUCGGAUGGUUUUCUGGAUUACCUGAAGUUCUUCUACUGUGAUUGCAAAGGGAGCGCUUGGACGUUUCUGGUCUUAGGUGUUUGGCUUGCGGCGUUGUUCUAUCUUUUGGGUAACACUGCAGCUGAUUAUUUCUGUUGUUCUUUGGAGAAGCUUUCGAGUCUGUUGAAGCUCUCUCCCACUGUCGCCGGGGUCACUCUGCUUCCGCUUGGUAAUGGUGCUCCUGAUGUCUUUGCCAGUAUUGCAGCUUUUGUAGGGAGUGGAGCUGGGGAGGUGGGACUUAAUAGCGUGCUGGGAGGCGCAGUUUUUGUUACUUGUAUUGUUGUUGGGGCUGUUUCCCUUUGUGUAGCCGAUCAGGAUGUUCAGAUUGACAAGAAGUGCUUUAUAAGGGAUAUUAUGUUUUUUAUUUUUACACUAAUGACCCUUUCGUUGAUCUUGUUUGUUGGUAAAGUGACUGUAGGGAUCGCCAUUGCUUUUGUAUCAAUAUAUAUAGUAUAUGCCUUUGCUGUUGCUGCCAACGAGAUUUUGAGGGAACAAGCACAGAGGUUGAAAUUGGAUGCUGUCACCCCUUUGCUUCCAGUCAGAGGAAGUGUGUUUUCUCCAGGAACUCCAGAGGAUGAAAUGUUUACCUCUUUGCUUGAAUUCGAAACCGAGAGUGAUGGAGCCCAUUCUCAUGUUUCCUUGCCGCAGUGGAUGUGGGCCUCUAAUCUGGCGAUAUAUUCAAACCAAGCAGUGAAGAUACCUGAUGCUGACAAGUAUUUGUGGGGAUGGAAUGAUGAUGACACAGGUACAGAAAGAUCAUCAUUCUCAUGUUCGAAGCUAUGUGCCCUUAUGGAAUUGCCUUUAACAGUUCCAAGGAGACUGACAAUUCCCUUGGUUGAGGAGGAAAACUGGUCCAAAGUAUAUGCUGUAGGGUGUGCUUUAUUUGCACCGGUUCUUCUCGCGUGUCUAUGGAGUAGACAAGACAAUGUGGGUUCUCAAAGUAGAAUAAUUGCGUAUGUUGUGGGUGUUUCACUUGGUUUCAUACUUUGCAUUUUUGCAUAUAAGCACACAAGAUCAGAACAUCCCCCCAACAGAUUCUUACUCCCUUGGGUUUUAGGAGGGUUUUUUAUGAGUAUUGUUUGGUUUUACAUGAUAGCAAAUGAACUUGUUGCUCUGCUCGUCGGGUUAGGUGUAAUUCUAGGUGUCAAUCCCUCCAUCCUUGGGUUGACCGUAUUGGCUUGGGGCAACUCCAUGGGUGAUUUGGUUUCAAAUGUUGCACUGUCAAUGAAUGGUGGCGAUGGCUUGCAAAUUGCCAUGUCUGGCUGCUACGCAGGUCCCAUGUUCAAUACACUUAUCGGAUUGGGUACCUCAAUGCUACUUGGAGCCUGGUCGGAGAAAUCUGGUGCAUUUAUGGUCCCACAAGAUACAAGCUUGUAUUACACUUUGGGAUUUCUCUUGUCAGGACUGACUUGGGCGCUCGUGGUCUUACCCCGAAAUGAAAUGCGUCCUAGCAAGAUGCUUGGAGCAGGACUUUUCACAAUAUAUUUGAUAUUCCUCUCUUUAAGAGUGGGAUCUGCUAUGGGUCUUAUUUCUCUUGUCGGGCUUAGUUGAUUUCAUCCACAGAAUGUAGGAGCUGAGUAUGGAGACUUCUUGAUCCAGGGAACUGGCGAGGGCCCAAAAAUUUUAUUCAUGCAUGAUCAAGGAGAAAACUUGCUUGUCAUCGGUAUAUAUCACCUUCUUUUUUAGUCUUCAUUCUUGUCCGCAGAAGGUAUAUAGCACGUUCUGUGUUGUCAUGACACUAAAUGCAGCGACCUAUGAAGGGAAACUGUAAAAUAGCUAACACGACGCAACUCCCUGCAACUGCGUUAAUUAACCAUCUCAAAGAUUGCUCGUUUUAUUCAUCAUUGCUUGGUAUUCAUAUUGUUUUUAUAUUUUGCUUCCACGUGAAUAGCCAUCUUUGACAUUAUGCAAAUAUGUGUGAGAUUGUCGCUUACAUGAAAUUCAGUUUAACAUGUUA